AUGGAUUGCCUCGAUCAUCAACAAGGCCGGAGUCGACGCUUCAAGCAAGGGCGGCGAUAUCAUCACCCUCCCGAUGAUAAAGAUGAGUCAGAUCAUCAUACUUAUGGCAAGCCGCUGUAUGACUCUGUGAGGGGUAGACACCAACGGCCAAGGGGGUGUGAACAUGUCAACGGUCGACCGAGUUUGGAGACCUUGAUUAGCGAGGCGCAUUCACAAACUAAAUCGUCCCACUAUCAACGAUUGCACAAUAGCGCAUCAGCUAGGUCGAGUCAAACGAGCGGCCACAGGGCUGUGUCGACUGCAAAGAAGCGCAGCAAGAGCGAGCACGCCGUGGGAAAGGGUAUCCGUACGGGAGCGGAGGUGGCUUUUCGAAUUCGAAAUGAUAGAGGAUCCUGGGUUGGCGAGAAGGGGAUCAAAGUUGCGAGUGCGGCCAUAGCGUCAGCAACCAUCGACUUUAUGCUGGGUGCUGAUCCAAAGAAACAUUCUCUAGCGCACAUUGCGGUUUCGAUGGUUGAAGGAGUUGUUACAGACGGUAUUACGAAUGGCUAA